GAGCGGAAUUUCCUGCAGCAGUACGAGUUCCUUACUGCUGUUGAGGAGGAGGGUGUGAGCUUCCGGAUACCCAGCAAUGAGGCCAUGGAGCAGUUCAGGUCGGAACGGGCGAAAGCAGCGUGGGAGCGACAUAGUGCACCUAGUGUCGAGGCAAUGGUGGAUCUCCCGUACUUCAUGGAUCAGCGGCCGACUCCUCAUCCUCCAGAAGGUCCGCCUUGCCUGGCUUCAAAGUCCGCACCGUUGCAGAGGGUCCCCCACGCGCCGGGACAGUCUGCGGCUGCGUCGGGCCAGAUCACAACGAGGCAUAAAUCGCCAAGCACAAGAGCGAGACAAGCGAGCAGACCCCAUGCGUGGCAACGCGAAGAGUUAAAAGAGCAAGUCCAGGCGCAGGCGCUCCAGCAAUUUCAUCGGGUGACGCCAGUGACGCCGCAUGCUCGACCCGCUGCUGCAAAGGCAUUGCCGCCACCUCCUCCUCGCCCGACCUCGGCGCCGGCGGCCCCACCUAUCAUGCAGAGAACGCCAAAAUACCAUGCCACUCCAAAGAAAAGGCCCAAUUCGGCAAGACAGGAGCCCCCAGCUCCGAAGACCAAAAGCGUUCCGGUGCAGCCGAAGAGCCCGCCGCUGCCUCCGACUGGUCCUCCCCCCAAGGGGAGUUCCUUGAUUGCAUCGGUCCAAGCGCUGGCGCGCAGUGCUUCAGAGCCCGCCGGGAAGGAGCUUCCGAGGGC